AACCUGCGAGUAACGAACCCGCAAAGUGAUUCCCAGUCGAACGAACACGCACCCCCUCCUAACUCGUCUCUGUCUCUCUCUCGCCCCCAUACUAUGGCGAUUCGAAACCCCACCCUCCUGAAGAUGACCUCCAGGACCGUCCAUCAUCUCCUCUCCCGGCCCAAAACCACCUCCGCCCAAUACGUCGCCUCCCGCGCUCGUGACCCCACCUUCGAGAAGCUGAUGCGCGAGUACAAAAACCUCCUCAAGGUCGUCUCCAUCCAGGAUCUCAUACUCGCAUCCCCUACCCUCUCCAUACCCCUCCCUUACCUCUCCCGCCUCUCCCAAAAGCUCCACCUCAACCGCGGCGCCCUGUCCUUUAUCCGUAAAUACCCCCACAUCUUUGCCCUUUUCUACAACACUUCCACUUCCCAGCCCUUCUGCAAGCUCACCCAAACCGCCUUUCAAAUCUCCCGCCAAGAAUCCGCCGCAGCGGACGCUGAUAAGCCCAUGGCCGUCGAUCGCCUAGCCCGCCUCCUCUCGAUCUCGCCAUCCAGAUCUCUUCCUCUCCGGGCCAUCUUCAAGGUCUGGAGGGAACUUGGCCUCCCUGACGACUUCGAAGAUUCGGUAAUUUCCCAAAAUUCUAGCAUUUUCUCUCUCACCGACGCUCACGAACCUAACACUCACAUCUUGAAGCUGGUUGAAAACCCUAACCCUAGCGCUAGUUUCUCACCUGCAGUGGAGAAUUGGCGGAGGAGAGAGCUUGGAAACGAGAAUUCGAGACUCGAUGAGACCGAAAUCAGGUUCGGUUUUAGGCAGGAAUACCCACCCGGGAUGAAAUUGAGCAAGGAUUUUAGGGGUAGGGUUAAGGAAUGGCAGAGGCUACCGUACAUGGGGCCAUACGAGGAAAUGGGGAUAGAGGUGAGGAGAUCGAAGGCUGAGAAGAAGGGAUUGGAGAAACGGGCUGUCGGGAUCGUUCAUGAGUUCUUGAGUUUGACAGUGGAGAAGAUGGUGGAGGUGGAGAAGAUUAGCCAUUUUAGAAAGUGGUUUGGAAUUGAUUUGAACAUACGGGAUUUGUUUCUGGAUCAUCCGGCGAUUUUCUAUCUUUCAACGAAGGGGAAGAGGCACACAGUAUUCCUGAGGGAGGCGUAUGAGCGGGGGCGUUUGGUCGAUCCAAAUCCAAUAUAUGAUGCAAGGAGGAAGCUUCUUGAGCUUGUUGUUUUGGGACGGCGAGGUGUUUUUACAGGUGGUUUGGAAUCAAGGAGAGUUGGGGAGAGAGAGCCAGAGGAUGAGUUACAGGAAGAGGGCGAGGAUUGAAAUCUUUUGAUGUAGAGGGAUGGAAGUGAAAUAUCUUUAACUAGGGUAUUCACAUUGGUUGUUGAGGUGAUCUUUUUAGGGAAUUAGACGUAAGGAGAUUUGGAAGGAGAGUAGAGGUUGGGUUUUGGGAAGAGUAUGGGCUGGUAGGAAUUGAAAUUACAAAUUUUGGGAGGAAUAAAAUGGAAUCUUGUGUUGGUAUUUAGUUCAAAAUUCAUAGUGGAUGAAAAAUUGUAUUGGCCUUUCCAAACGAUUGAUGUUGGAAAUCUGCAUUGCUUGUUGAGGUGGUAUUAUGAGUGAAUUAGAGUUGAGGAGCAUUGGAGGGAGAGUAAAGGUUGGAUUGUUGGAAGAGGAUGCGGAUUGAAAUUUGAAUAUGGAAACAACUAAAAUGGAAUUUACUUGGAUAUAGAAUUGAAAAUUUGUAACGGGUGUGACCAACUGUAUUGGCUUUUUUGGACAAUCGAUAUUGACGAUUCACAUUGUUCAUUGAGGUGAUCUUUUGAGUGAAUUAGAGUUGAGGAGAGUUAGAUUGAAAGUAGAUGUUGGAUUAGGGUUUGAAAAUUUAAAUUUGGGGAGGAUUGAAGUGAAUCUUGUGUUGAAAUCUGUAAUAGGCGAGCAAUUGUAUUGGCAUUGUCAGAUGACAGAUGCUGAGUAUGAAAUGCCUUGGGUUUGUCAUGGUUAUUGAGAUGAUUUUUGCAAGUAUUUCGAAGUUGAGGAGAACCAAGGGAUGGAAGGUUGAAUUGCAAGGAGAACCUGGCAAUUGAAGAUUUUUAAAUUUCUGGGUGAAAGAGUGGAAAUGAGAUUUUGCUGAUUAAUGGAAAAGCCAUUGGACUGGUUUGAUUGGGGAGAGUUGAGAAGGGGAGGAAGAGACCAGAUUUAAAGGAAAGGAUGACUGCUGAAAAUUUGUAAAAUUUGAAAUGUCAGAGGGUUUGGAAAUUAACUUUUGGGAUUAGGUUUUGACAGGACAUUUUUUACCUAAACAACUAGAAUGUGGUGGUUCUCAGGUGGAGAUGGUGCCCAGAGUGUUGCAACUAAGGCCUCACCCCAUGUGGGGAAUGUGGAAACUCACUCUUGGAAUCCAUUAUUUCUAUAGUCGUCGGAGCUUUUGGUAUUGGUUGCAUCCUAAGCAACGAGGAAUGGAAUCUCAGGAGGGUACUGUCUGGGCCAGCUCAGUAUGCAGACAUGAUCGAUUCCAAGCCAUAUUCAGGACUAAUCCAAGCAUACUUCUUGUAGCAGGAGUAGAGUCAUGAUUUCAUGACUUGUUAAAUUGGUUCAUGAUGAGGUUAGGGACUAUACCAUUCCUUGGAGUAAAACAUUGUUUUGUCCAUAAAGUUUUGUUAUUCUGAAAAAAAAAAAAAAGAAAAAAAAAAAAAAAAAAGGAAGAAGAAAGAAAAUUUUAAUGGGCAAGAUAUUGUGGUGCAUGCCAUGCGAUUAAUAUCGAUUAACAUCCUGAGUGCGUUAGGUCAUGUGGAAUUUCUGGUUUAUAGAUUCUUACUAGUGUCUAAUUGAAAUUAAGAUGGAAGUAUCUUUCAAAAAAAAAAAGAAAGAGCAACAUUAAGAGAGAAGCUUCUUGGUUUUGUAUGGUUCAUUAAUGGGUGCGAGAUAUUUUUUCUGAUUUGUGGGAUGAUGUGAAUUUGUAGAAUAUGUAAUGAUGAAGGAUUCUAAUCUAGUAAAAUUAUUUUUUGUGGCUUCAAUCAGCUGCUGAUCUAAAUAAACUUUCACUUGGGAUAUUUGUGUGUACAUGUGCCAGUGGUUUUGUAUUUCAUAUUUGUAUAAAGCAUGUGAUAAGUUAGAUUUAACUUUUAUGGAAUUUUUCCAAUUGUAGUAUUUCAAAACAAAUCAAAAUUAAAAUAUAGAUGAUUGAGGCUGCAUGGAACUUUUGUUGGCAAUCACUCACAAACCGCCGCUGCUGUCAUCAUUUAAGCCUUAUCUCAGCUAAAUGGGGUCCUAAACAUGAAUUAUGUUUGGCUAUUCUAUUCUACCAAGGGCCAUAAUAAUAUAUUAGCAUGAGUUUGGAAUGUCAUAUCGACAGGAUUCAUGAUGAAAGUCAUGGCAAAGGUUUCACACCAGCUGCCAACCUCAUACAACCCUUCUUUAUCCAGGCUUGGGACCGGCAAUUAGAGGACAAAACUCAUGCAAGCACUAUGUAAUAGUUAUAAUAGUUUGUUACAUAGGUUGAUUAGAAUUAACAUGUUAAUCACUUGCAAACUAUAAUUUAUAUAUAAAGUGCAACAGAAAUGCUCAUUUCUGAAGAUGUUUCUUUUACUGAGAAGGGCAAGUGGCAUCUAAAGUCACUUUUUCAAACAAAUAAAAAAGUGAAUUUUUUCAGUACUUGUAGAAUGCCACAUGGCAUGCACUGAUUGGUGCUAAGGGUAUGUUUUGGACAGCCCCUGAAUUGCAAUUUAGAUGAAUACUAAUUAACCCAAAUGAUAUCUGAAAAGUUAAAUUGUUUGCAAGGCACGCGAUUAUUAAGUCCAAAUACCAUCUAAGGCCUUCAAAAUGCCAUUUGCGGGCUUCCAUUCUUAGUAGAAACUAGAAUUGCAAUUUGAAAAGGGGGGGGGGGGAGAGAUUCUCAUGCAUUUGGCUAACUAGGAUCCUUGACUGGAAGUUAUUCUUUUGAGCUGCAGGCUACCAAACAUCAGGUCCAUAAGAUGGCUAGAUUCACCAAUCACACCGAUUCUUAAACAGUCAUUGUCAAUAUAUAUAUAAAUAAAAAUAAAUAAA